AUGGCCGACACACCCAAGUACCAACCAUCCUUGGCCAUCACAAGCGUGAAGUCUCUAAUCCCAAUCACGUUGGAUGCCGACCAUGGUAUGUACCACUCUUCGGCUGCACUUUUCAAAGUGCAAGUUAGGGUUCACGAUCUUCACAAUCACAUUAUUCCUCUUACGGAGGAGAAGGAGAAGGUAGCAUACGAAGCUUCUAAAUCGGCUGACCUUGCCACGUGGAAACGAUUAGAUACGGUUGUCCUACAAUGGAUAUACGGUACUAUUUCCACCGACCUUCUCAAUGCUAUCCUUCUCAAGGAUGAUACCGCUCAGGCUGCUUGGGCUUGUCUCGAGUCCAUGUUUCAAGACAAGAAAGCCUCCCGAGCCUCUCAUCUCGAACAAGAGCUUGCUGACCUCGACUUCGAAAAUUUCUUUUCCAUUGAUGGUUAUUACAAUCACAUCAAAUCGCUUGCCGAUCGUCUUGCCGAUGUUGAUGCUCCGAUUCCCAAUAGUCGCCUCAUUCUUAAGAUGACCGCAGGACUCCUGGAAGCUUAUGCAGGGACGGUGGAUUUUAUUCAGAAUCAAGAGCCAUUGCCUACUUUUGAGAGCUGUAGAUCACGCAUAAAACUAGCUGAGCGGACCAUCAAGAACCGCCUAGCUAAGGAGGGUGGAUCGACCAGCCAUUUGCCGACCUCCCUUGUCUCAACAUCCGGCAGCCAGCAAAACUCGGAGUCCUCUAUUAACUCCUCAGCAUCACGGUCUCACACCAAGGGGAAUAAACAGAAGGAGGCAAAUUCGAAGCCUUCUGGAAAAGGGUGCACUACAAGCGGCCCAACCCAACGACAAUCAGGCUAG